UUUGUCGUUUUGAUUGAAGUAAACUUCAGUAGAAUUGUAACGUUCUUUUUUAACAAAACUCUAGAAAUCGCGGAAAACUUUUAUUCAUACUGCGUUGCGUAGUGAAAUUUGGUGGCAGCCACACAGGAAAUCUUUGAAACGUCAUGGACCAACAAACUUCAUGGACCAGAGUUGAUCUGCGAUAACGCACACAUAUAUGAAUUUUGACAGCAGUAAAUCCCCCCUGGUUUUUUUCCUUCGAAACUUGACACUUAUUUUUAAUCGUGUAACCGUGUUUACAUUGUCUUGUUUACUAUCGCAAAAAACGCACAACAUUUGUUUACUCGCUAUCGCACGUGUUCUCAUUCGAAUUUUAAGCUACCGAGUUUGUCAACAGCUAGAAGUCUAUUUUUUUUAUGAACUAAUGGAGAGCAGUGUGGAUUUAGGCUUCCUAGAGCCUUGUGAGGAGUGGCUUCUAACGAACAAGUUUUUUCGGAGCAAAGUGGGAGGUAAACCUGCUUGGUUGGAUUUGAAGAAUAUACCACCGCCAAAGGAUUUAUUGUGUGGAGAAUGUGGAGAUCCUUGCCUAUAUUUGUGCCAGAUUUACGCGCCAUUGGAAGAAAACGAAAAUUGCUUUCACCGAAUGAUUUUCUUGUUUGUCUGUUUGAGAGCCACUUGUUAUAAACCAAACCAGUGCAAAAAUAUCUUGGUAUAUCGCUCUCAACUGGCCAGAAAAAAUGACUACUAUGACUUUAAUCCCACAAACGAAGAAACACGCUCGGAGGCCGUACAGUCUCCGGUUCCACUUUGUACUGUUUGCGGAUGCCGUGGGCCGCAACAAUGUUCUCGAUGCAAACGCGUGAACUAUUGCGGGGUAGUUCAUCAACGAAUCGAUUGGAAGCAUGGCCAUAAAAGCUCCUGCAGUGGAGAAGCAAUAGAAUCGAAACCCGCAAACGUUUUGUUUCCCCAAAGCGAAAUCGUUAUCGAACCGGAGAAAAUUGAAGCUGCAACCAACCUGCCCGAGCAAGAAAGGGAGCAGAAGCAGAUGGAAGAAUAUGAGCAACUUGCUAAGCAGGGGAAAACUGGGGAACUAAGUGAACUAUCUGAAAGUGAUUUAGAAAAAUACUCCGAGCAGGUCGAGGAUAAAACUUUUGCCAAGUUCAGGAAAAUUAUUGCCGCGGAACUCGAACAAGUACUGCGGUACGAUAGAAAGGGAACCCCUGUUUGGAUUUCCGAUGUGAUUCCCGGAACAAUUCCGGACUGUGAAUACUGCGGUGGAGCACGGGUGUUCGAGUUCCAGAUAAUGCCUCAACUACUUAACCACCUUGGGAAUAGCAAUCUAGACUGGGGGACCCUGGCUGUUUAUACGUGUGAGCGAAGUUGCGAUACACCUGACAAUGCAUAUGCUAGGGAGUAUGUUUUUAAACAGGACAUUUCCGACACAAAAUCUCAGCAAAAAGAAGAAUGAAGAUUUUAGAAGAUUUGGCAAACUUGUUUUGCUGUUUAUUAGAAUCUAUUGGAUGAAUAAAAUGUUACACAUAUCCUUUCAAACAAGGAUACC